GGAACUCUGGAAGACACUGUUGGGAAGAUAAAAGGUUGCUUCUAAAGCUGACCAGGGAAUCUGUCCCUGGCAAUGGGGUCUGAAUCAGGAAAAAGCAAGAGGUGAUCCACCAUUCUGACCCAGAUGAUUCUCCAACCACUUCCUAGCCACAACUUGCUCCCUCCCCUGCUCCUUCCCCCACACCCUCCCCACUGCAUGGCAUCAUCAAGCAGAACCCAUGAAGAGGAAGGAGAAGGGAAGCUGGUCAGAGAGGCUCCUGGUGGGGACACAGUGCAGAGCUGGCCCAGGUGUCAUUCUGUGCCUCAGACCAGCUCCAGGUCAGCCUUAGUCCCUUCUAACACCAGCCUCUGGGAGCACCAUGACUCCUGCCCUAGCAGUCCUGCUAUGCCUGGGGCUGUGUCUGUGCAAGAGGACAAGGACCCAGGCAGCAGACAGACUCCACAAACCCUCUCUCAGGGCAGAGAAUGGCUCUGUGGUGCCCAAGGGUGGAGCUGUGACUCUCAUGUGCAGGGGGCCAUGGGAGGCUGAAGAGUGGCUGCUGGAGAAAAAGAAUGGAUCUGGAUGGUCACGGAUCAAAUAUGUGAGACAAACUGGAAAUGAGGGCGAGUUUUCCCUCCCAUCCGUGACAUCAGAUGAUGCCGGGACCUACAAAUGCCUCUACAGACAUUCAUCCUAUGGGUGGUCACAGCACAGUGACCCCCUGGAGCUGGUGGUGACAGGCCUCUCUGCCCCACCCUCCCUGGCAGCCCUGCCCAGCUAUGCUGUGGCCUCAGGACAGAGCGUGACCCUGCAGUGUCGGUCAGAGCUAUGGCAUGACUGGUUCGCCCUGUGCAAGGAUGGAGAAGAGAUCAGGCGGGGCGGGACCCGGAGACAUGGAAGGGGGUGUCAGGCUGAGUUCUUCUUCCCUGCUGUGACUCUGACCCACAUUGGCACUUACGGAUGCUUCGGCUUUAAUAGUUCUUCCUCCUCUCUGUGGUCCUCCCCCAGCUCCCCCCUGGUGCUCCGGGUCUCAGAUGCUGCUGCCCUGGAUUACACUGUGGGCAACCUGGUCCGCCUCACCUUGGCUGGGCUGGUCCUCGUCCUCCUGGGGGUCCUGCUGGCUGAGCACUGGAAAAGCUCCAGAGAACAACCCAUCCCGGGAGUCCUUGGCUGA